AUGCCCACUUUCAACCUUGCAAAAGCAGCAGAGUCCGAUGAUAGCGAUGCCGAUCGCACCGUGAUUCAAAUAUUCACGGAAUGUCUCGAAUUAGAGACCAUCACGGAGAACGAAGCAGCCAAGCGCAUUGAUGAAUAUCAUAGGCCUGCAGAAACAAGCGAUGAGGAGGAUGAGCCCAAUAUAUGGCUCAUUUGGGGCGCUUUUCUUCGUGCUUCGUUUAUGAUUCCACAUGACCAUCCUGCGCAGGACAAACUGAUCCAGAUUUUACUGGAGCUGCAAGACCUCCCGUCACGUAGGGUUGAAUACGGCGAGUUUGGAGAAGUGGAAUUCUGGACAGAACUGCCCGUGUUUCGGUUCUAUAUGAUCGAAGUGUGGUCUUCAGUUGGGCCUUUUAACAAGUACAUGGGACGCGAGCGGACCGAGGAAGAGACCACUGAAGCUUCACGCGAGUGGCGGAAUUUCAUAUCGUUUUCCGCUCGUCUAUGGGAGGCUGAAGUGAUCAAUUGCUUCAAUCACUCUGUUUACGCUCUACGCGAUACUUUGGAAGCUGAUGAGGACGACUACGGAUUAGAGCUGAAAUGGAGAGUUGCAGCUGCGUCUGAAUGGAUUGUCCAUUGUGGGGAUAUGAUUCUCGAAAUAAUCAGAGAUAACGAUUUUGUCCAUGCUCGCACCCCUGCAAAAGGAUCACUAUAUGAUGGAAAAGGAAAGACAGAGAUGUACAGAUGGGAGUUCUGGAAGCGCAGAUUUGAAGAAGUCAGCGGCCAGCUGGAGGGUGAUUUCAAGACUUUGGCCUUGGAUUGCGCAGAUCGUAUGCAAAAACUUUCUGAAUCACUAGAGUAG